AUGGGCGAGGAAUCCAAGAUCGAUGACGUCGUCGCCGAGUGGGAAGCGGGCCUCCCCUCCUCCGACGACCUGACGCCCCUCUCCCAGUCGCUGAUCCCCGCCGAGCUGGCGUCGGCGUUUAAAAUCUCUCCGGAGCCCUCCAAGACGGCGUUCGACGUCAGGCGCGCCUCCGAGAGCACUCUUUCUUCUCUCCGAGCCGCCGCCGCCAAGCCGUUCGUCGGUGCGGACGAGACGGAGCAGGAGGAAGGAUCCAACCCGAAGAAGACCCGGAGGACGGCGGACCAACCCGGACUAGGCGACGACCCCGACAGCUCUGCUGACGACCAGGCCGCGAAGACGCUGAAGAGGCAGCGGCUCGUGUGGACCCCGCAGCUGCACAAGCGCUUCGUGGAGGUGGUGGCCCACCUGGGUCUGAACAAAGCCGUGCCCAAGACGAUUAUGCAGCUGAUGAACGUCGAGGGUUUGACCCGGGAGAAUGUGGCGAGCCACUUGCAGAAGUACAGGCUCUAUGUGAAGAGGAUGCAGGGUUUGUCCACCGAGGGCCCAUCCCCAUCUGAUCAUCUGUUUGCCUCCACGCCUGUGCCGCCACAAAGCUUCAACGAGUCGUCUUGCGGUGGGCCCAGCCACAGUAAUGGGAUUGUUAAUGGAACCCAUAGUGUGAGUAAUCAUGUGGGGAUGCCGAUGAUCCCGAUGCCUUAUCCUCUGCCACCACCGCAAAUGAUGCCAAUGGCGGCAAACGGACAUGGGUUUCAUGGAUAUGAAUCAGCCCACUCAUAUAAUAAUCAUUACCAGCAGCAGUAUAACAACAUGGUGCAGCAGCAAAAGGACUGGUCCAGGAAUAACUACAAUGGCUAUCCGUAUCACGUGACUCAGGACAAUAGCAAAUAUUAG